AUGGGGAUGCUUUUUGCGCUGCUCUGCAUCGUGGUGAGCAGCCAGUCUCACCUCGGCGCGCCCCAGCAUCUGCUUCUGCGCCCUUCCCCAAGCGACCAGCUCCCGGUGCCAAAGCUGAGGGAGGACCCGGACCCGGGUUUCGACCCCAGCGAUCAAGAUUUAACUGAGAGCACCCUGAGGAAGAAGCUAGGGAGAAACUUCGACCCCGAUUUUAUGUCUGUCUCUGCAGGGAAUCUCUCCAUCACGGGCGAGCGCAGCGCGUUAACCGAGCGGAUCCCCGACGAGCUGAGGCACCUGGACCUCGCUACAACUCAUUACGGCCUGCAGGUGGAAGUAGGAGGGAAGGUCCGCAGGAAAAUUAUGCAUUUCCUGUGGGCGCACACACGCUGCCCCGUCGCCUAUGCUUGGAAGGAUUUGGGUGCCAGAUUCUGGCCACGUUUUGUGAAGGAGGGGCGCUGCGUCAGCGAGCGCUCCUGUUCGUUUCCACACGGGAUGUUCUGCACACCUGCUAAAUCUGUCUCCAAGACCCUCCUCAGAUGGUACUGCCUGGGCUCUGCCACACACAAACACUGCAGCUGGAUACCAGUCCAGUAUCCCAUCAUUUCACGGUGCAAGUGUUCUUGCUGA